AUGCCCCGCCGUCGUAAGCCGCCCCGGCCAGGCGCCCUCGGCGAGCUCCCGCCGCUCCGCAUCGCGUCGCAGAUCGCAGCACUGCAGGGGCUGUACUACGCCGGCGCGCUGGUGCUCAUGCUCUUCACGGCGCUGGUGGCCGGCACGCGGUUCAGCAUGGAGCUGGUGUUUGGGUGGGAGGCCGUGAGGGGGGACACGACGCAGGGCUGGCUGAGCGCGUUUGUGUGGGUUCUCGACGGGGGGCUCUGCAUGGCCGUCGCAAUCAUCGUCCUGAUCGGCCGCUCCAAGCUCGUGCCGGACUUCGCGCUCACCAUGCACGGGCUGCACCUCGUCGUCUCGUCGCUGUACACGGGCCGCGUGCCGCGGAACAUGAUGUGGUGGGGCGCGAUGGCGAGCAGCUCCGCGAUAUGUGUUGCGCUGGCGGUUUGGGGGUCGCGGUACCGCGAGCUUAGGCCGAUUUCGUUUGGCGGGCAUGCUGCGGGCGCGGCGACGGGCGGAGGAGGUGUGGAGGGGCAGCAGAAUGGCGGUGCUGGAGGGGACGAGGAGGAGGGUGUUGGGUUUGGGCGGGGGAGAGGGAGGGGGAGGGGGCGCGAUGGCGAGGGGGGUUAUGAGAUGGUUGGCAUUGAGAGGAGAGAUUCAUGA